AUACUACGUACACAACUGUACCCGCAGAACCCAUGCUGACGAGAUCUCCGUGGUCACGUUUACUAGAAAAUCGGAGGACUUUGGAGACUGGAAAAUGGGUGAAGAGGAGUCGGAAACAACAGGAAAGCUUGGAAGCAAGCGCAUAUUUGUUAACCACGUCGACUGUUAUCAUGGCAAGAAUAUUGGAAAAUACCUGUCCAACUGCGUCGUUGGUGCAUCACUCGAGGAAAUCGAGGAAGAAGAGGAGGACAGUGCCUCAGUCAAGAGUGAUGUGGUGGGCCCACCCAAGGAGGGUACCUACCACAUCAUUGGCUCCCUCAAGAACCCUAACAAGCCCAAGCCUGCUUGGGUGCAGGAAAUCGUCAGUUUUCCAGAGAAGGAACAAAUGUUGGAACAUCUUGCUGAAUGUGAUGUCGUAAUGUAUGAUAUCAAUGAGGAUCCUGGUCAGAUUGACGAAGCCUCUUGGGCUGUGUCAGCUUUGCAUGCAGAGUUGGAGCGUUUUGAAUCACCCAAGAUGUUUAUCUUGGUCUCAUCCAUUAUGACGUGGGCCAGAAGUAAACCCGUUGAUCCAGACGACCCGGAGAUCCCAUUCACUGAGGAGGAUUACAGACGGCGUAAGCCACACUCUAACUUCAAGGCGCACAUCAGCGCUGAGAAGCUGGUCAUCAAGCUAGGGAAGACAAACAAGGCCAAGUUUGUAACUUAUGUUAUUGCCUCAGGGCUGACCUACGGUGGGGGAGAAAAUAUCUUCCAUUACUUAUACAAGGCUGCCUGGCAUGGAGAAAUCGAAGCACUCCAGUGCUUUGGUAACGGGAUGAAUAUCCUGCCCACAAUCCAUGUCAAAGAUCUCGCUGGCGUCAUCCAAAACAUUGCUGAUGGAAGACCUAAGACUAGAUACUUACUGGCUGUGGAUGAUUCCCAGAAUUCCCUUGAGGAGAUUGUUAAGUGCAUAAGCAGUAAUCUUGGUAACGGUAAAGUGAAGCACAUCACCAAGGAGGAUGCAUUACUCAGCAAGGGUCUGUCUCAACAAGACUUUGACAUGCUGCUGACCAGCCUGCGGAUGGACGGCGUCUACAUCAAGGAGAACAUGAACAUCCGCUGGGUGUCAGAGCGAGGCAUCAUUGAGAACGUCCACCAGAUCAUCCAGGAGUUCAAGGCCACCAGGGGCCUCCUGCCGAUGCGAGGCUGCGUGCUUGGGCCCCCAGCUGUUGGCAAAACCUGCGUAGUGGCAGCCCUCUGUAAGCACUACAAGCUACACCACAUCAAGAUCAAAGAUGUCAUUGAUGAAGCAAUUGAGGCACUGGAAAAGAGUGCAGCCCGGGCUGAUGCUGACGAGAAUGAAGACGAUGAUGGCAAGGCUCAGGAGGACCAAGAGCUGUUGGAAGCCAUCAUGGAGAGCAAGGAAUCUAACAACGGCCGCAUUGAGGACCAGUACAUCCUUCGCUUCUACCGGGACAAACUGCAUUCCAUGCCCUGCCAGAACCAAGGCUUUAUCCUGGACGGCUUCCCCAAGACAAUGGAGCAGGCUAAGGAACUGUUUGCUGCCGAGGACGAAGAGGAGCAGGAUGAGAACAGCAAAGUGCCCGUCUACGACAAGACCACCAUGCCCGAGAUGGUGGUCUCCCUGGAGGCACCAGACGACUUCUUGAAGCAACGGGUCAUGAACCUGCCCGAGAGCACGGUGGCGGGCACCCACAACAACGAGGAAGGCUUGCUGCGGCGACUGACCGAGUUCCGAGCGGUGAAUGAGGAGGACACCACCGUGCUCAACUACUUUGAUGAGUUGGAGAUUCACCCAGAGCACGUCGAUGUGACCAAGGAGGUGGACCCCAACAAUGCCACCAUCGUGGAGCAGGUCACCAAGAUCAUGGGUGAGCCACGCAACUACGGCCCCACCCCUGAGGAGGUGGAAGAGAUGGAGCGUAUAGAUACGGAGAAGCGGCUGAAGAAGGAGCAGGAGGAGAAGGAGGAGCGUGAAAGGCAGGAGGCUGAGGAGGCCGCUCUCAGGGAACAGCGGGAGAAGGAAUGGGCUGAGAGACUGGAGGAGGUCAAACGCCAAGAGACAGAGCAGCUGGAGAAUCAAUCCAUCCCGCUGCGCAACUACCUGAUGAAGCAUGUCAUGCCGUCACUCACCCAGGGCCUGAUAGAGUGCUGCAAAGCACGGCCAGAUGAUGCCAUUGAUUUCCUGGCGGAGUAUCUCUUCAGGAACAACCCACAGGUAGACUAACUCCUGUUGUCAUCAGACGUGUUUGUUGCAAGUGGUCCAAUCUGUUACAGCCAACAAGGAUGGGAGGAGUUCCCUGUCAUGUCUCCAUUGCCUGGCCCAACCAAUCGUUCAAAUGUUACAGGAGUCGAUUUUUUUAUUUUGGAAAAAAAAUUUUAACAUUGAAAUAGUCCAGGAUUACUCUAUGAAAUGUCAGGAUGAUGUUGUCUUAUUAGUAUAGUUUUUUGAAUUUAUUUUCUUGUCAUUUAACUGUUGGCACUGUUAACUGCCCUGGAAAGUAAUCUCAAGAUUUCCUUUAAGGCACAAAUUGUAAGACAGUCUCGGAGUCAGCACUGAAGGCGGCCUUUUCUCUUAUUAAGGAACUGUGGGGGAAUUAAUUUAAUGUACAUUUUCUGCUGACUUGUACCUUUAAUUGAACAGAAGAUGAUGUUGCUCUUCUUGUAUAUACGAUGUAUAUAAAAAGCAGUUGUGCGUCGGUUUCAAGUGUUGAUCCGUCCAGAGUUCAGAACUGAUUGUAGUGAAUACUUCAAGUAGAUUGUAAACAAGCAUCUGUUAUUUUCUGGGUUUUAUGUAAAGUGAAAAUUGUAGAUUUCAAAGUAAAAACUUGCUCAGAAUUCAUCAUCCGUCCAGUUCAUCCAUCCUGUACUCUGUACUGGUUUCUACUAGUGAAAGUCUCAACUGUUUAAAAGCCCUUGUUUAAUUAAUCACUUUUACGCUGGGCAAAAUUUUAUUUUGAUAACAAGUAAAUGUGAUCAGUAAGAGUUUUCAGCCGUCCAGAUACAUUUAUUUGAAGAUAACUUGGUAAUCGGGGUGUUUGAUAUAAUUUUUGUAAGACCUUGUUCAAUAAAAUUUCGUUUCUUGUGACAUGAAAA